AUGUAUAGCUUUAGGGAAACUAGGCAACAACUCGCUAUUGCACUUGGUGAAAAUAUUGUUAACGAUGAGGAGUUUUUGUUGUUGUGGGAUGCAAACAAGUCAAAAAAUCCAGACUUCCCGGUGACUAUUUACCCAAAGUUUAAUUUGAAGGAAAAAGAUGUAGCCGAAGUCAAAGCUGAAUUUCGUUUCGAAAAAAAUGACCUACCUUCCUUACACGAAGUCCUGAGAAUACCCGACGUUUUUAGAUGCCAGCAAGGGUCGGUCUGCGAUGGAAUGACGGGUUUGUGCAUCGUGUUGAAGAGGCUAACAUACCCAUGUCGAUACAGUGACAUGAUUUCAACGUUCGGUAUUUCUGUUCCUGAGUUGUGCAUGGUUUACAACACUGUUAUCGACUAUAUUUUUAACGAACAUGGCCAUUUAAUAAGUCAAUGGAAUCAUACAUUAUUAAGUCCCCAAAAUCUUCAAAGAUACGCUGAUUCUAUCGCUGCCAGAGGAGCUGCAUUACAAAAUUGUUUUGGCUUUGUCGAUGGGACUGUUCGGCCUAUUUGUCGCCCGAAACAACACCAAAAAGAAGUCUUUAAUGGCCAUAAAAGAGUACACAGUUUAAAGUUCCAAUCUGUUGUUGUACCAAAUGGCAUGAUUGCUAAUUUGUAUGGUCCAGUGGAAGGAAAAAGACAUGAUUCACGAAUGCUUGUUGAAUCCAAUUUAUUACAAGACCUUGAAAACCUGGCUUUCUCUCCUACUAAUGAGCCUUUGUGUCUCUAUGGUGAUCCAGCCUACCCCCUUCGAUUGCAACUACAAGCUCCAUUUAGAGAAGUUCAGCUUACACCCGAAAUGGUAGCAUACAAUGAGAGUAUGAGCAAAGUGCGUGUGUCUGUAGAAUGGCUCUUUGGAGAUAUUAUUAACUAUUUCAAAUUUAUGGAUUUCAAGAAGAAUUUAAAAAUUGGUCUUAGCCAAGUAGGCAAGAUGUAUAUAGUUGCUGCUCUUUUAAGGAAUGCAUUAACAUGCCUUUAUACUAAUGAGACCUCACAAUUUUUUGAUUUAAACCCUCCAUCUUUACAAGAGUAUUUCUCUUGAAUAUAAUUAUAAUAUAGUAUG